AUGUCAAACUCCUCUGUUUGUUGUGCUUUUGAGCCCACUGUCUUACACCAAUAUCUACCCUCUGUUCUUAUUAUAGAAUUCAUUUUUGGCCUCACGGGGAAUGUCCUGGUCAUCGCCAUGUUUGCUUUCCACAUGGAAAGCUGGAAGCCAAAUUCCAUCUACCUGGCACAUCUGGCUGUGGCUGACUCAGUGGUGCUGGGCUGUCUGCUAUUCAGAGCAGACUACUACAGCAGGAGACAAAACUGGAUCUUCGGAGAUGCCUUCUGCCGCAUCCUGCUCUUCCUCCUGGCAGCCAACAGGGCCGCUGGCAUCUUCUUCCUCACCGCAGUGGCUGUGGACCGCUACCUGAAGAUUGUGCACCCAUUACACCGCAUAAAUAGGAUGAAUCUGAGCUACGCCAUGUGGGUCUCUGUAGGCCUCUGGGUUAUGGUUAUACUUUUGACAGGUCAGUUAUUGGGCUCACCGCACUUUUUUAAGUUCGGCAAUCACACCCAGUGUGAGAGCUUCAACAUAUGCUUGAAUAACAAUCCACUAACAAUCUGGAGCAAUGCCUUCUAUGUGAUCCAGUUCUGCGUGCCAGGCAGCAUCAUCAUCUUCUGCACAGCCUGCAUUACAUGGCAGCUGAAAACCAAGACCAUGGACACCACAGGCAAGAUCAAGAGGGCAGUCCAGUUCAUUUUUGUUGUCGCCAUGGUCUUCCUUAUCUGCUUUUUUCCAAGCACUGCCUCACGGGUUGCUGUUUGGGUCCUGAAGAUCUGGUACAACGAGUGUUCACACUACAGUGAGGCAAAUCUGGCAUUUUAUACUUCAGUCUGCUUCACCUAUUUGAAUAGCAUGCUAAAUCCUCUGGUUUACUACUUUUCCACUCCUGCAUUCAGUGGCAUCAUACAGAAACUUUUCAGAAGACUCACAGGACAAAAGGAAGAGCUACCUUCAGGGAAAAACACUGUGUCUACAGUAACAAGCGAAUAAAGUAGAUUUAAGCAAAUUGUGUG